AGGCGGUCUGAAAACACUUCAGAAUCUAUAUAAUAAAUAUUCACCAUCAUUUGAUUACAUUUCCAAGCCCAAAGUAUCUCUUUCACGCAAAUAUUUUUAUUUCCUUCAAAACUUUCUAUUAUUCAGAAAAAUCUCUGAUACUUCAUAAUAACCAGCUGAGUUGACUCGAGCUUCCAAUCAAGUCCAUGGCUUCCGGUGUUUGGACCGGUUCAGGAGCUGUAAUCUACAGUUUCGGGCGAAAGCUCAUUCCAUCUCCAAAACCCAUCUCGGAAUCAAUCUCCUUGUCGUUCUCAGCUCAAAAAACCAAUCUCAAUCGAACUGAUUGUAAUCAUUCGAGAAAACAGAGCAAAGGAAUACGUAUAGUAGUUUUGAACCAGAAAACAGAGGAUUAUCACGCCAUGCAAGUUUCCGACGAAAUAAGCCCCAGAAAAUUAGACGAAUCCAAGUCCGAAACUCAAAUUAUAGUUCCAAGAAUAUCAGAAGAUAGAUUGGCAAGAAAGAAAAUAGAGAGACAUGCUUAUCUUGUUGCUGCAAUUAUGUCCAGCCUCGGAGUUUCUUCGGCCGCCAUUAUAGCCGUUUAUUAUAGAUUCUCAUGGCAAAUGGAGGGUGGAGAAUUCCCAGUUGUUGAAAUGUUGGGUACAAUUCUCCUCGCUAUUGGCUCUGCUAUUGGGAUGGAAUUCUGGGCAAGGUGGGCCCAUAGAGCACUGUGGCACGCUUCAUUGUGGCAAAUGCACAAGUCCCACCACAGACCGAGAGAUGGUCCUUUUGAGCACAACGAUGUGUUCGCCUUAAUCAACGGCGUCCCAGCCAUUGCUCUUUUGCAUUAUGGCUUCUUCAACAAUGGUCUUCUUCCUGGACUCUGUUUUGGUGCUGGAUUAGGAAUUACAGUGUUUGGGAUGGCUUAUAUGUUUGUCCACGACGGUCUAGUCCACCGUCGUUUCCCGGUUGGUCCCAUUGCAAACGUUCCUUACUUGAGAAAAGUUGCUGCAGCACAUCAAUUUCAUCAUUCUGACAAAUUUGGAGGAGUCCCAUACGGCUUGUUCUUAGGACCAAAUGAAUUAGAGAAUGUUGGGGGAAUUGAAGAAUUGGAUAAAGAGAUUCAACGGAGGAUUAAAUCAACCAAAAGUUCAUAAUUUUUCAUUAUUUAUUACCCAUGCAUUCUCUAUUUUUGUUCUUUUGAUGGAUAUAUUUAUAAAAUAUAAAUUUCCAUUAAGAGAAAAACAAAGAAAAUUGAUUUAAUUGGUAAAGAAAAAAUAUAUAAAGCAUUGUUUUCGUUUGCAGCUCGAAGAGUGUGCUUUUUUUUGUACACAUAAUGUAUUUGACGAUUAUUAGUCAAGAAUUGCUAAUGGCUACAGUAAUAUCCAAUACUAGGUGAUGAUGUCAUAUA